CGAAAUCCGGGGGGGACCAGGCCGCGAUCACUCCCUCCCCAGUCCAGCGAUGCUUCCUUCGGCCCCGCCGCCGCGCUCUUUUCACUCCCCUUCCCACCGCCCCCGACCGGCUGCUGAAGAGCGGACAAGCAGCGGCGCUCCCAUUGGCUGCAGCCGAGCCUUGCGUCAGCCGGCACCGACCCGGACCGCAGAAUACUAUUGGCUAGCGGGCCGCCUCGUUCCCACGGCUCGAUCUUAUUGGUGCGUGGUAGCCCCCUGGCUCCAGGACCGCUCUUCCUCCUCCCUCUCUCUUUCUCCCUCCACCCCAACCCGUUUCCAUCAGGUUCGGAGGGGGCGAGGGAGAGGGUGGAGAGAGCUCCAAUUGGAGGCGGCCAAUCGCGGCUCCGCUAGCGGGGCGGAAGUGGGGCUUAUCCUGGCUUUGGAUCCGCUGGUGGCCUGCCGAGCCAAUGGGCGUGUGCCCCACGGCCUGGGCCUCCUACCGCCCAGGGGCUCGCCCGGGCCCGGGCUACUGGCCAGGGCCACUGGCCAGGGCCACACCCGUGUCUUGGGCCCGGCCACCCUUCGGGCCUUGCCGGGGAGCCCCCGACCCACGGAGGCUAUCCCGAAAGACAAGGAUGUCCCAGGGCGGUGCCCGAGGCCUUCCCCGGACCGGGACUCUGGAGGAGUGCUGGCUGCAGGGCACCAUUGUGUGCACGGUACCUUGGCAGUGCCUUACGUGGGGCCCCAGGCAUCAUCGUGAACCUCCGUGAGGCGGCCAGAGCGUGGGAGGUCCGAGACAUGUCAUUCUGAGAAGGGG